UCCGGAGAGAGUCUGGCGCUGUUGAUUGCUGUGUGGCGUAAUGCUUUCUCUCUGUUAGGAGCCUGAAGCAGCGGUGAAGGGGUUCACGGAUGUCAACAGUGUUUAUAAUGUCAGAGCCUAAUGCAUUCAAAGGAGCAAGAGAAGAACUGAGAAGCACACAAAACACUUGAGAAAUCAAAGGUUGGGGUGUGAUUAUGUAACGACCGUUUGCUCUAAAGCUGUCGGCCGUUAAAGCUUCACUAAGCUCUCUGUGAUGCUUUAUGAUGGGAAGAUACUGACGUGUUUCAGCUGCACGUUUAACGAUUAAACUACAGCCAAGCUGUCUUUGAGAAAGUAUUUCACUACACUGCAGGAUACUCACAAAAGUCUGUGUAAUUGUGUUGAAGCUACUAAGGGAACGUUGUACUUAUGGCGAUGUGGCGAACGCAGAUCAUCCACGACGCCUUGGUCAUGUCGUUGACGGCGGGCCGUUUCUCCUCCUGUGUUCAGGUCCGAGGCUCGGUUCCUCUGCACUGGUCUCAGGACAUCUCCACCAUGAUGCCCAAACCACCCAUACGCCUGGACCAGGCCGACCCGUACGCUCACAUCGUUGCUCUUCACUUCGAUCAGAUGCUGCAGAGGUUUGGGUCGCCCAUCAUCAUCCUCAACCUCGUCAAGAAACGAGAGAAGCGGAAGCAUGAGAAGAUCCUAAGUGAGGAGUUUUACCCCGCCAUCAUCAACCUGAACCAGUUCCUCCCGCCGGAGCACGGUAUCGAGUACAUCGCUUGGGACAUGGCACGAUACACCAAGAGGUGCGGAAAACUAAUGUAA